CUGAAUACUCCCCAGGGGUCCUGGGGCCUGGGCUUACUGUACCAGCUGACGGGUAGCCCAGCCGCUCUGGGUGCGAGCACUGCAGUGUCCCUUGUCCUCCCUUUUCCCACAGAGGGCUCCACCGGCAAAACGUGCCUGAUGAAGGCUGUGCUGAACCUUCAGAACGGGGUCAACGCCUGCAUCCUUCCACUGCUGCAGAUCGACCGAGACUCUGGCAAUCCCUGGCCUCUGGUCAACGCCCAGUGCACAGAUGAGUAUUACCGAGGUCACAGUGCUUUGCACAUUGCCAUUGAGAAGAGGAACCUGCAGUGCGUGAAGCUGUUGGUGGAGAAUGGGGCCAACGUGCACGCCCGGGCUUGUGGCCAUUUCUUCCAGAAGAGGCAAGGAACUUGCUUCUAUUUUGGCGAGCUGCCCCUCUCUCUGGCUGCAUGCACCAAGCAGUGGGAUGUGGUGAGCUACCUCCUGGAGAACCCGUACCAGCCCGCCAGCCUGCAGGCUGCUGACUCCUUGGGCAACACCGUUCUGCAUGCCCUGGUGAUGAUCGCUGACAACUCUGAAGAGAACAGCGAACUGGUGACCCGUAUGUACGAUGCACUCCUCAAGGCGGGGGCCCGCCUCUGCCCCACUGUGCAGCUCGAGAACAUUCAAAACCUGCAGGGUCUCACUCCCUUGAAGCUGGCUGCCAAGGAGGGUAAAAUUGAGGUGAGCCACCAUUCCCCUUCCCUCCCUUACCUCUCCCUGCAGCAGCAAGACUCACCUCAAAACUUCCCCAGACUCUGGGAGGAGGCCCGGUGGCUGUUCUCUCCACUUUUUGAGAUGAAACUCCUAGUAGCAAGAACAUUUUCAGUUUGCAUCUCUGUGUCAGUUUUCUGUUGACGUGACAUCAUAUUCCUGCAUACUCCUGUGAUCCUAGCCAUUUGGGACAAAAAUCAACUUACAAAGAAGGGAGGAAAGAUUUAUUUUCACUCGUGGUUUCAGGAGAUGAUCCCUGCACACUGUUGCUCAGGGCUUGUGUUGAGACAGAAUAGCAUG